AUGAACCAGUUGGAAACGAAUUUAGUUUUAUGGGCGAUAUGUUCCAUAUUGGUAUUUGAAAUUUUAAUUAUCAUCUGUCUAUGUCGAUUUUGUUUCAAUCGUAUCAAACCAAAACGAUUCUAUGUUAAGAGGGAAGAGUUCGAAUAUUUACAAGGGAUUAACGGAGCGCCUUCACAAUUUCAACCGAUUAUCCUUCGUCCGCCACAAGCCGAUGAGUUAGCUUUGGUCGGUACAAUUCGUGAUCCAAAUCCUCCUCUCAAAUUCGAUAGUGGAAUUCAAAAUUUGGGUUUCUACCGCGAACCGACCGAUGACGAUAUACUCGCACAAGUACCGUCUUCUUUCUCCUCGUCUCAACGUCUAAAUUGGAUUGAACUGAGAUCUGCCGCUGCACCGUCACAACCUCCGCCCGCAUUAUCUACAACUAGCAUACUAAAGACAGCACAGUUACCCGCAGCUGAUUAUGAAAUUCGUUCUUAUCCGAUCGAUGAAUACCUAUAUACACACCAAUCACCUCCCCCUCGUCCGACUGUCAUCGACUUUCAGUUAUAUCGAGAUGACUACAGUAACGAUGGGUAUUUCGAUGAUAAUGAGAAUAACAACAAUGAUGACGACGAUUUAGAAAACGUUGCUGUUCAUUCGUUUCGUCCUCCGGAAAUGUUUCUCUCUCAUACUCAGCGAACCGACACGUCGACUGAAUCACAUCCGGGUAAUUAUUCCGCAUUGUUACCCAGAUCCAUUCUUAAAGGAAACAUGAAUGAACCUCUGUCGCUGGACUUACUUUCUACGAACUAUUUUCAGCCAGAGCGUAGUCGGACAUCAUCGAAAUUCGAUGAAUCGCCACUAACUUCAGUCAAAGUCAAUACAGAUGAGGCGAUUCCAAUCGAUUAUCCCAUUAGUGCAAUUGAAAAAACUACUCCAAAUGAAUCAUUCUCAUCGACGCCUGCUCGAAUGCGUUUUGCUAGCGUUAGCCAAUUGAAUGAAAUCGAAUGGGAAAUACCACGCGAAUUUCAAACUAUUGUCUAUGAUUUAACCGAUGAUCAUCAACCACUUCGUGGUGCUUUAAUCUACAGUUCGAAUGAUAACUUGAAUAACAAUAAUAACAACAACAAUAAUAAUAGUAUUCGUGGACAGCCAUCAGCUCGACAACGAAGUCAAUCAGCUAAUAUUGACCAAAGAUCACACGUUACGCGAGUAUUCGUUCCAUGGGAUCAACGAAGGGAAAUAACACGAUCGUUCUACCUGUCAUCUCAUCCAGAGCAAGGUGAUACAACACAACAACAAGCAUUUGAAUAUUAG